AUGUCGCUUUCUCGACUUGAAGAUUUGCCAAAUGAAGUUGUCAGACAAGUUUUUGCCGAACUAUCGCCAAAAGAUUUACUUAAAGGUUGGUGGAAUUUGAAUAUUCGAUUAAAUAGACUUAUUUUCUCGCUUAACUACAAAAUCUACCUGAUCAACAGACGUGUUACCUCAAAUGAUUUGCAAGCAGCCAUAUUUUUACGUCAACAAGUCACUGAACUUGUGGUCACAGAAAAAUGGUCUACGGUUAUUGAUUACUUUCCAAAUAUACGAAUACUUCGAGUCUUAGGCUUAGCAUAUCCAUAUUCAAUCUCACAAAUCAAACCAACAAAAUUAACUCGUUUAACUUGCAUGGAAGUUAGUGAAGAUGACUUCGAUUGGAAUAACUUUAUGGGAGCGAACAAUUGCCACUACGCUAAACAAAUGGUCCGAUGUUACGCCAGAAAAUUGAUUAGUCUGCCAACUAUUUCUUGUGAGACACUUCGCUCUAUUGAGAUAACAUUAUGUACAAGUGAGCGAGUGGCUGCACUUCUACGUCUCGUACCAAAUUUGACUGAUAUGUCAAUUGGUCUAUACACCGAUAUCUCAAUUAAUUUUAGUGGUUUGCAACUGGUCGGUAUUUCUACAACAUCUGAACAAAACGAAAAUCCAUCAUUCACUCCAACUCCAACGCAUCAUUUUGAUGGUAUUGUCCAUCAUCAACUACGUCGAAUCGCACUCUCUUUCGAAUGUCAAACAACUUUACAGUGGCUUGAUACCUUUCUUCUCUCUGUUCCCAACGUUACCAACUUCAGUCUCUAUAUUGCACGGUCAUACGAGGUCCUUUCAUUUGUCGAAUUACAUCGUAUUAUCACUCAACGUCUUCCAAAACUAAUUCAACAAAAAUUUCAUUUCAGUUAUAGUUGUCCUCCGAAACCAUUCGAUCUUGAACAGCAUCGCAAUAUCGGACCAUUAUUUCAAACUAUGAUCACUGAUAUGUACGAACAUUAUCGUCUCAAAUUAUUAACUAUAAAUGUGAACUGGAAGGACACUCAUAAUCAAUACGAUUAUUAUGAGGAUGAUGACGACGAUGACGAUUACGAUGAUGACGGAAAUGACUAG